CAUGCUUAGACUUUUCAAAGAGACAAACUCCAUUUUCUUAUGAAUGGAAAGUGAAAAACCCUGUUCCGCUUAAAUUGGGUUCUUUCCUGUCCUGAGAAACACAACAGACCCCAAAAAGGCAAGCUGAAGAGAGAACACACACACAGACCAAGCGACAAGAAAUGACCAUGACUACCAUGCCAGAGAGUCUAAAUAGCCCCGUCUCAGGGAAGGCUGUCUUUAUGGAGUUUGGGCCGCCCAGCCAGCAAAUGUCUCCUUCUCCCAUGUCCCACGGACACUAUUCCAUGCACUGUUUACACUCCGCGGGCCACUCUCAGCCUGACAGCUCGUACAGCACAGCUUCGUCCUUCUCCCGACCGCUGGGCUACCCCUAUGUGAACUCGGUCAGCAGCCACUCGACCAACCCCUACAUCAGUUCAGUGCAGUCCUACCCCAACAACUCCAGCCUGACUCAGACCCGGUUAGAGGAGACAGGGGCCGAAUCGGAGAAAAGCACUGUGGUAGAAGGAGGGGAAGUUCGCUUUAAUGGGAAAGGGAAAAAAAUCCGCAAACCCAGGACUAUUUAUUCCAGUUUGCAGCUACAAGCUUUGAACAGGAGGUUCCAGCAAACUCAGUACCUGGCUCUCCCCGAAAGAGCCGAGCUCGCAGCCUCUCUGGGACUCACCCAAACUCAGGUGAAGAUUUGGUUUCAGAACAAGCGCUCCAAAUUCAAGAAGCUGAUGAAGCAAGGAGGGGCCGCCCUGGAGAGCAAUGCCUUGAGCAACGGCAGGGCCCUCUCGGGCAGCUCUCCACCGGUGCCCCCGGUUUGGAAUACCACCUCCGCCUCCGGUAAGGCCUCGUCGGGCACCCCGGGCACCUACAUCCCCAGCUACACGUCGUGGUAUCCUUCGGCCCACCAAGAAGCUAUGCAGCAGCCGCAGCUGAUGUGAUUAUAAUAAACAUGUUUUCCCCUACCGCAAGCACUACCGGUCCCGAAAGUAAUUAAAAUUAUUACUAAAUUUAAAAUAUAUAUUAAAAAGUAAAGUAAAGGGGGGAAAAAAAAAAGAAAAAAAAUAAAUAAUAAUAAUAAUUAAAAAGGUGGAGAAGAGAGGAAGAAAAACCACAAAAGAAACCCAAGCAAACAAACAGGAGGUCUCUUGCCCAUGCAGCCAUUAGGACGCUGCACCGCAGCUCGGUGCAGGAGAGCACAGAUGUGAUGCGGGCCGGUUCCCACCGCUGACAGCUGACGGAGCGGCCCCGAGCACCGCAGAACAGCCUGGGAGCAGAGCGAGCGCCGGCCGCGGCUUUGUGGGACAAUCAGCAAAAGAUGUUUGUGGGGGGGAGAAUCCCUCUCUGUCCUGUCUGUCUGUCUGUGUCUGUUGAAAUGUAGGUCAUUUAUCUCCUACCCCGAUCUGAGCGUCUCUUCUAUUGCGAGAAGGAAAGAAGCUGUACAACUUCCAGAGCUUCUUUCCCUCGACAUUUUCUGUACUUUUCACUACUCACCUGUAUAUUUUUUUUUUUUUGUUGUUGUUAAAAGGGGAAGACAGGGGUUUUAUUUAUUGACUUAAAUUACCACUAUGAGAAUGCUUCAAACAAACGGACAAUCCGGCUUGCCAAGUGCAACUGCUCGGACGCAGAGUUUACUUUAAACAAAUCCACACACGGUCCCUCUUCACCUCCCCACUCCCAAAAUCACCACAAGAGAAGGAUGCGAUUUUUAACUUUUACAAUAACUUUUAUACCUCGCUGGUAUGGAGAAGUCUGGUCCGAACUAUUUGCAUUUCUCGCGUAUUUAACAAAGGAAAUAAUUUCACAUUGUUUGGUACUCUGAAGUGGAAUCGCAGCAGCUGCCGAACGCUUUGCUGAGGCGAAGCAAGGCGCAGAGAACGGAACGAGAGCCCCGAGGGCGGCGGCGGGGGGACCCGCGCAGCGCCGCGCAGCCCCGGCGGGGCUUCCCCGCGGAAAGCCGUCCCGAAGUCGAAAUGCACAAAGCGACGUGCAGGAGCUACUCGCUGUACAUAUUUUAUUCUUUAUUAUUAUUAUUGUUCUGUAAACAUGUUGCACAAAAUUAGCCCUUUUUUAAUUAUUAUUAUUAUUAUUUCCGUUCUGUUUCGUGUGGCUGUAAAACAUGAUGCUUUGUGUACUGAGAUCUUGACAUUUUACUUGUGAAACUCGGAAAAUGUGAUAAGCUGAGCUCGGCUGUGUUUAGUGUUCUAUAUGUCAAAGUUUAGUUUUAUAUUAAGAAUGUUAACUUAUUGCUUUGUAUUUGGGGAAGGAAAGGUAAAAAAAAACAAAAAACAAAAAACAAAAAAACAAAAAAACCCCACACAAAUCUUUGUACAUAAGUUAUAAAUUUCUUUGAGACAGUAAAAUUAUGGUUUG